GCCAGUUACUGGAACAAAAUAACCUUCAGCAUGUUUAGCAAUCGUCUAUUUUCCCGUAGCUUCUCGGCCUAUGGUGCUCGAAACGUACAGACAGCAUCGGCAGCAUCACCAGCUCUUUCAGCAUUUGGAGCUCGUGUUGGUUUAGAAGUUUCUCAACCUGCAUUGGAACGUGCAGUAACUCACAAGUCUUUUGGCGAUGUCAACAACGCACAAUUGGAGAUUCUUGGCAAAAGAGUGGCUGGUCUGUUCUGUACAGAGUAUUUGCGUGCUCGUUACCCCAGACUGCCACCAGCUGCCUUUGACAAAGUGUUGACAGCCUACAUCGGCAACAACAGUUUAGCCAAGUAUGGUCGCGAAAUUGGUCUUCAGCAUGUUUUACGCUGGGACGCUGCCGAGUCUGAAGGAGCAUACCACUCAGAAACCAUGAGCAGUGCCUUGAAUGCUAUCAUUGGUUUAGUUCACCAGGAGAAAGGCGCAGAAGCUGCAAAGAAGUUUGUUCAUGCCCAUAUACUGGCAAGAGAUGUCAAUGUCAGUGAUGUUGUCAAGAUCGAAAACCCAAAAGCACAUCUUUCUCGUCUCACAACUAGAUAUGGCAAAGAAAAGCCUCUCUCCAGACUCUUGAAGGAAACCGGAAGAGCAACCAAUUCCGCAGUUUUCAUUGUUGGUGUCUUUUCUGGAGAAGAAAAGCUCGGUGAAGGUUAUGGUAACUCAAUGAAAAUGGCAGAGUUCAGAGCAUGCAUGGAUGCAAUCAACAAGCAUUACCUCUUUGAGAACAAAGACUUCAUGUUGCCUUCCGACACACUUAGUGAAGCAGAAUAUAAACCAGUGGCUUUUGGUGACACCCAAGUCAUCGUUUAGACGUAUUAGCUCCACAUCAAAAAUCUCAAUCCUCUCAUUCUUGUAACCAUAGUCAUUUAAAGACGUCAAGGGACGAAUUCCUU